CCAGUCGAUCGUUGACGAGUGUCUUGAGUGGACCGCCGAUAAGUUGUCUUGACAUUGCUGAAUGAUUUGACCUCCUGCAAUGGACCUGACCGUUCGUUCUUUGGCCAACAAGGCGGUUUUCCUUCUGGUGGCUUCGCCCUUCCUGAGCCUGGUGGGCGCCGUGCCUGGAGUGUACUUCACCUCCGACUUGCUUUCCAACAAAUGGAUUCCCGAUCCCAUGAAAACUAUCAUGAUCGUCGAUAGGGAAGACUGUGAGACGCAGUGCGUUAGGCAUCCCCUCUGCACUGGCUACGCGGUGUCGACCUUCGAGAGAAAAUGUCGGCUGUAUCAGAUCGAGCGAGGUUUGGCGCCAGUCAAGAACAACGGAUACAAGCUCUACAUCAAGAUGAAGUGUGAGUCUGCGCGUUGA